AUGAAAUUUUAUCACUGUCUUGUUGUACAAUAUUUUUGUAAUUUUAAUAUAUCCUACUUGAAAAGCUUCUUAUCUCAGAACUUCCUUUUUUUAUUUUAUUUCCACUCCUUGUUGUUUUUGUUCCGACCUAGGGGGGUAGGGAGAGCUUCACUUUGUUGUGCUCAUUUGGUUAAGAAGUGGGCUCACCUGCGCUUGGGAAGUUCCCACACUGGGGGGACUGCCCACACUGGGGGGACUGCCCACACUGGGGGGACUACCCACACAAGGAGAGACGAUACCACCACUACCCAAGGGGAGUACCCCUUCGGUGAUAACCCAGCAGAGUUAAGCAACCACCCCAACCAAGAUCAUCUCAACCGGGACCACCUCAGCCGGGACCACCCCAGCCGGGACCCCCCCUUCCUCAAUUUUUCGUCUAAAACAAAAAUCAACAGCUUUGUAAAAUUUCACAAAAGGGUGAACGAACAGUUUAUGCAUAAUUUUCACAGAAAGAAAAAAAAAAUUGUCAAGUACCGCAAAGAGGAAGCGAAAUUUUUUGUGAAACGAUGUCAGCAGGGAGUCUUCUCCCAUUUUUAUAAAAAAAUCAGAAAGAGAGGAAUCUAUGAUCACCACCUUGUUCACUUAAAUAAUCUUUUCACCCCCGCACUAUUUUUUAACAACUUCUUUCACUCAUUGAGGAAUUUUUGUUCGAGGGAAAAUUACUUAAAGCAUUUUGUAGACGACCUGUUUUAUGCCCUUUUGCACGAAACCGUCUCUGCUUUGCGAUGCGAUCAAUUGUACGACUUAGGGGAGAGAUCCCUUUUCGUUGCAGAGGAGGUACCAGCUCAGUCAGGGGAGGAGGAAAAUCCAUCCCAGAAAGAAGCAGAUCUACAGUUAGACCUAAAUUUGAAACAAACAAAACGAAGAAAAACAGAGACGAAGACAAACCAACCUCUAACUGAAGAAUGUAGAAAUUAUGUAAAAGGGUACCCCUCCGGAAGAAUAACCCUCACGUGCGAACAUCUCGUGAUAGAAAAGUGUAGAAAAAAAAAAAUUCUCCAGUUUGAUCAGGACGGAUGGAGCAAGCUGUAUAGACAGGUAGGCCUUCUCCCUGUGUCCAAUUUGGUGCAUUUGUUGGAUACCUUUUUUGGGAAAAUAAAAAUUAUACAGAGAAGGAUGAAUAAAUGGGCUUCAUUUUUAAUUGGAAAAAUUGUUUCCUUCAUUUUGGACAACACGUGCGCAGAGAGCUUUGCGAGGCACACCCCGUACCUCACGCAGUACCUCACGCAGCACCUCACGCAGCACCUCACGCAGUACCUCACGACGCGCCCCGAAAGGCAACCCCCCAUGCACAGCUCCCCAUUCUGCAAAAGCAACAAAUCAUCUCACAUGCUGAAACACGCAUUCUCUAAAUUCUGGAAAAGCUACCGAGAUAUGCACCACGCCCUUUUUAAACUCCUCCUCGAAAGGAUAAGCGAUGUAUUAAAUGCUAGAAGAAAAUGCAAUAUGCACCUCGGCAUCAACCAGGUCAUUUCGCUUUACUGGACCAUUUCUCCCAUGCUUUCCUUCGUCCGCAGGAAGGGUCGAAGGUUGCGGCAGGAAUACACUCGUUUUUUUGUCAGCAGCAUGCACCGGAUUGUGACAAGCACGCAAGUGUCUCGGUCUUGGUCUUGGUGUCGGUCUCGGUCUCUGUCUCGGACGAUGCACCUGUGCGGGAAGCCCCACGAGGGGAGGAAACCCCUCCGUGAGAGGAUAAAGCUGAUCAGGAACCAAUUCACCAUCUCCAAAAAGGUGAAGUCAUUAAACUGUAAUGUUGGUGGGUCACGGGGUGGAAUAAUAAAACUCGGGGAAGUCCCCCUUGUUUGUCUCCCCCCGAGGGAAGAAGCGGAGUGUUGUGAGGCCCAAGUACAUAUACCUAGUGACGUGGUGGAUAAAUCGGAGGGUCCACCACAACGGAGUGGCCAAUUCGACGCGCAGAAUUGGGAAGCAUAUACGUUGGACCCUACGGGAGAGUGUCACCCGGGGUGCUCCCUUCCUGGGUGCUUCUCUCUCAGGAGUGCAAACCUGAGCAUAGCAAACCUGCGCAUAGCAAACCUGCGCGUAGCAAACCUGCGCGUAGGCAAUCAGAACUUCCACGUCCCACGCAGAGUAAGCAUAGCCAUCCUGAGGCGAGGAAAAAGGGAGCAAGGAAAUUUGCGCCGCUUCCUUCAACAGGUAAUCAAAAAUACCCUGCAUGGGAAGGAAGCCAAGCGGAGACUCACCCAUGACGAGAGGAAGUUCUGUAGACAAAUAAAAAGGUGCAUAAGAAUCGAGUCGAUAGUGGCCAUAAAUCAUUUUUAUGAAUUUAAAAAAAUACAAAUCGAGAAGUCGUUUGAAAUUGAAAAAUGGCUUGUACUGGAGGACAUCCCACAGGAAAUAAAUGCUCAGACGGAAAAAUAUUUCAAAAUAAAAAAUGAGCAUACAAAUAAAUUACGAAUUAAUGACGAACUGUUUUACUUAACCAACAGCAGCGUGUCUUUCCUAUGCAUUCUUUUUCAGUAUACUCACUUCAUGCUCUCACUACCGGACGUCUCGUUUGAAAUUGUUUCGAAAAUUUUAACCUUCUACGAUAAACAGUUGCUCAAAACGGUCCACCAUUUCAUCAUCGAUGGAAAUGCCGUUACCAACUGCACGCUCAAGAGCAUCACCAUUAAGAUCCUGGCUCUCGUUAUUCACACACUCGAUUUUGCCGACUCCACGCUGAAGCGCGUAUAUGCCAUUUGGCGCCACCUCCUGCACACACGCCGGGGGGAAGCCCCUGCAGGGGGGGUGAGCGAUUUCACAAAAUGUUUGAAAUACCCCACCACACGGAACCCUAACUGCAUCCUUCGUGGCAUCCGCCUGUCGAAACAGGACGAAGAAAAGGUGAAAGCUAAUUUUAAACAUAUGCUAGAUAAGUCAUUCCUUUUGAAGAAAAAGUUAGCGGAAAAAAUAGUGGACAUUUUAUCGACUCGAUUUGAUUACUACACAAAUAUCUGGCUAGUGUCGGACAGCCUGCUGGAGAAUCACUUGGUGAAUUCCCUUAGCUACGAGUGUGACAUCCUUCCCUAUGGAAUGCAGCUACGCUCCACCUUCAAGCUCCUGACUACCUACCUGCGCGAGGAGGACACCAGGAACAUAUACCGAGAGCUCUUCCAAGACAUCGCGAACCGUUUCAGCCUGCGCAUCAAUGUCCUCAAAGGAAACGACAAGUAUAACAAAAUUAUUUCGAGGCUGCUGGACGACUCUGUGCCGGAAAAAGCCGCUCCAGGAAAAUCCCAAAUUGACCAAUUAAUUAUGCACUACCACAACUACGAACUUAAGGAAAAAACUGCUCACAACAUUCACAAAAACGUAGGGGAUAAAAUCCUCAUCGACAUGACCAACGUCUUAAUCAUUCUCUACAAGGUCCCCCUUUUGUCUGACAUCAUAGAAACCUUUUUAAACGAUUUUCUAAAAAUUUGUAAGUCCCAUUGGUACGUAACCAUAGACCCCUUUUUGCUAACGUUCACUCCUCUACAGUCCACGUAA